AUGGCCACCGUUUUGUCAGGCGCCGCCUUCGGUGCCGCUCUGGUGGGAGCGGGCGUAUAUCAGCCCUCCGUCAUUAUUGCUCAGCUCAAGCUGGAGAACUGGCACAUGAUCCAAGCGUUCCUCGCGGCGGCCGCCAGUAGCACACUUAUCGUCGUCACUCUGGACAAGCUCGGCUACGUCCGCCCUAAGCCCCGCAGCCCCUCUCGUCUGGGUCUCUUCUCCGAGUACGACGGCAACAUCCUCGGUGGCUCAAUCCUCGGCGCCGGCAUGGCCCUCUCCGGCUCCUGCCCGGGCACCGUUCUGGCCCAGAUCGCGGUGGGCACGCAGUCUGGCAUCUACGUUCUUGCUGGCGCCGUCUCGGCGGGCAUCGCAUGGACCGGCUUUCUCCAAAAGGCCGUUACGUCCAACGCCGUCAAAGCCGCCCCGGAGAACCCGAAGCUCACCGUCUAUGAGCGCGCUGGUAUUAGCAGGGCAGCUUCCUUCAUCGGCAUCGAGGCCGUGUUCGCCGGCGUCAUCUAUGCUACGAUGAAGUACACCCCGGCUAGCCCCUAUGCCGUCGUUGCGCCCACCAUUGGCGGCCUCUUCAUCGGUCUCGCCCAACUCUUCUCCCUGUUGACACGCAAGUCCAUGCUGGGCGUGUCAACAUCCUACGACGAGAUUGGCAGAUACUUCUGGUGGGUUGUCCAGGGCGGCGGUGAGAAGGGCAAGCCGUCUUCGUACAGCAAUAUUCUCUUCUCCGCCGGCCUGGCCGCGGGUGCCUGGGCCCUCGCGAAUGCGUACCCGUCGUUUGCGCUCGGCGCCGCGGAUACGGCCGUGUCGCCGGAGCUCGCUGCAGCAGGCGGGUUCCUGAUUGGUCUCGGGUCCAGAAUAGCGGGAGGCUGCACAUCCGGUCAUGGUCUCAGUGGCGUUUCCAUCUUUUCUACAGCCAGUUUUGUCACCAUCAUGUACAUGCUCCUUCCAGUCUGUUCACAUUGGCUCAAUUCAAGCUGCCGACUCCUUCUUAGCCGUGACCUCAAUCUCAAUUCUCAUGGCCUCCUCCAUCAGACCGGCUUGAAUCAUGGUGGCAGCCGGGCGCACAUCGCCGAACCACUUCUGCAGAACAGGCCAAGUCAUCUGAAAGUCGUUGCGGUCGGGCAAGAUAUAAUGUACGCGGACAACGUCCUUCAUCUCCGCGCCGGCCGCAGCGAGAGCGGCAGCGAUGUUCUCCAUUGUUUGCUCGGUUUGCUCGACGAUAUUGGGCGAGAUGACGCCGGUCUCAUAGUUGUACCUGUCUCAUUGUCAAGUUCCCUGCCGCAAAUUCUCAAACGGGCAACGUACCCCGUUGUUCCGGACACAAAGAUGAGGUCGCCCGACACCACGGCGCGGGAGUAG